GUUACAGCCCGCUCCUCCGCUGUGCGCUCCCGGUGCGGCGGGAGCUAUUACCGGCGCGCCUCCCAUCUUCCUCCGCCUGGAUCCGACUCCUCACUCCAUCUCGCUUCCAGGAGGAGGAGAGGGAGAGGGAGAAGGAGAAGCGGCAACCACCGAGAGACAGGCGGCGGAAACGGAAAAACUAACUGAAUCGUAGUGCUGAGAAAUCGUCCAGGGUUUCCUGCCGGGGAUUCCGACCUGAAGGGCCUUGCGUGAGGCGGCGGAGCGUCCCCAGGAGAGGAGAGCUCAGCCUGGCCUUUCGCUGAUCCAUCUCUCCCACCGCUCACCUCCUCCUCACCUCUCCAAUAAAAAACCUCCCCCUCACCCUAGGGCCCCGACUCCAGUCUCCAAGCUCUCCCUCACCUUUAUCUUCUCCGCUCCCCCUGAUCAAUCCACCCCCAAAUCAUCCCCCAUCCCUCCCUGCCUCGGUGAGCCAUGGCGGUACCUUCAGCCCACGAGUUUCACUGGCAGAGCCUGGCACGACUGCCCAGCGGCCGCGUCUACCACACUCUGACUGAGGUGGGGGGGCAGAUGUACAUGCUGGGGGGCUGCGACGCUGCAGGGAGGCCUUGCCCGGCCCUGGAGCUCUACUCCCCCGAGGGGGACCGGUGGAUAAGCCUGCCCCCCAUGCCCACCCCUCGUGCUGGUGCAGCUGUGGCAGUGCUGGGAAAGCAAAUCCUGGUGGUGGGAGGAGUGGGAGAGGACCAGAGCCCCCUGAAAAUGGUGGAGAUAUACAACACAGACGAAGGGAGAUGGAGAAAGAGGAGCGCUCUGAGGGAGGCCUUGAUGGGUGUAUCCAUCACUGUGAAAGAUGGCCGGGCUCUUGCUGUGGGGGGAAUGGGUGCUGACCUGCUGCCUCGUAGCAUCCUGCAGCAGUACGACCUUCGAAAGGACGUGUGGGCGCUACUUCCUCCCAUGCCGACCCCACGCUACGAUGCCAACACACAUCUGCUGGCCAACAAGCUCUACGUGGCAGGUGGUCGGCAGUGUAAGCGACCAGUUAAGGCCUUCGAGGUGUACGACGCAGAGACACGUUCUUGGACUACACUGCCCAUGAUGCCUUGUAAACGUUCGUAUUGGGGCGUGUUAUGGGACACAAGUGCACGGUUGUGUCUGCUCGGAGGACUGCGGCAGGGAGGAGGACACCAGAGCUCCAAGUUCACCAAGAAUGUCAACAUUUUUGACACCAACCAAGGUGGUACAGCUUGGACUGAAACAGCAGGUCCAGAACUGCAGGUCUGA